AUGGAGGAACGUGCCUUGACUGGUGGUAAUACUUCGCGAAAACCAUCAACUAACUCAGCGAAACAUAAACCUAAUGUCGGUUAUCGUUUAGGAAAACGAAAAGCAUUAUUCGAAAAACGCAAACGUAUUAGUGAUUACGCUCUAGUAAUGGGCAUGUUUGGUAUAGUUGUGAUGGUCAUUGAAAACGAAUUAAGUAGUGCUGGAGUUUACACAAAAGCAUCAUUUUAUUCUACUGCGUUAAAAACUCUUAUAACAGUUUCAACUGUUAUUCUUCUAGGUUUAAUUGUAGCAUACCAUGCUCUGGAAGUGCAGGUGAGA